AUGACCGCGACUUAUCCCACCGAGCAAGAGGCCGUGUUGGUCGCGGCCGCUGAGCAGCUCAUGGUCUCCACGAUGGCGAGGUACGAUCCUUCGCACGACGCGUACCACGUCCGACGCGUUCGUAAGACGGCACUUUACCUUGCGCGUGCCGUGUCCCCAUCGCUGCCCCAAGACAAACAGCCCGACAUGCUCGUCGUCGAACUCGCCGCGCUCCUCCACGACGUGCUCGACAAGAAGUACGUCUCCGCCGAACAAGCCGCGGACCCGUACGGGUAUUUCCGUCCCUACUUUGAGCAGUGGGCGGCGGAGAGUGGGCUGGCUCUUGUCGCGGACGGGCGCGCGGAGCUCGUCGCGCGUGUGGUCGACAAUGUGUCCUGGACGACGGAGAAGAAGCGGCUCGCGGCAGGUGGGAUCGGGGACUGGCAUCGCGAGUGCGUGGAGCUCCAUUGCGUGCAAGACGCAGACAGGCUCGACGCCAUUGGCGCGUUUGGUGACGUGCUGCAUGCUCCACAAGACGAUCCUGUACAUGAUCAGACGGCCGUCGCACAUUUCUAUGACAAGCUUCUGCACAUUCGUGAGAAGUUGAAGACAGAGCCUGGCAAGAAAAUGGCGGAGAAGAGACAUCAGCUGAUGCUUGACUUCCUGCAAGGCAUUGACGAGGAGUACGAAUCGCGUGUGUAA